CACUUUAGAUUGAUUUCAGUUUACAGAUUGGGCCCCACAGAAACCCCCGUGCCGCUGACAUGGCCAAGCCUCGUCGUCUCUAACGGGCUAAGCGAAGCGCAAGAAAUCGUUCCAGAGAUUCCAGAUCCCGAAUCACAGUAGAGGAACCGAACGAGGAGCUGAUGCACCAUUCCGCUAGAUCCAUAACCCUGCCAGUUUCCAAGCCCUAAUUGCCGCUUCCAUUUUCACAGAUCAGCCAUUUUCGGAGCUCCAAAUCAUGGAGUUCGAGGAUGCAGCGGAGGAGGCUUCGACUGUCGGCGGUCUUCUCCCUCUCGCCUCCGCCUCACAGCAACCCUACGUCUCCGAGCUCCUGUCUUUUACCCUAGAUCGCCUCCACAAGGAACCUGAGCUUCUCAGAGUCGAUGCCGAGAGAAUUCGGAGGCAAAUGCAAGAGGUGGCGGUGAAUAAUUACCGAGCGUUCAUUUCUGCUGCCGACGCGUUGCUCGCGAUUCGCGAGGAAGUGACUUCUAUUGACAAGCAUCUUGAAUCUAUGAUAGCUGACAUCCCUAAGUUGACAUCUGGAUGUACCGAGUUUGUCGAAUCUGCAGAACAGAUUUUGGAAAAGAGGAAGAUGAACCAAACAUUGCUAGCAAAUCAUAGUACUUUGCUUGACUUGCUCGAAAUCCCUCAGCUCAUGGACACAUGUGUAAGGAAUGGGAAUUAUGAUGAAGCACUUGACUUGGAAGCAUUUGUUGGCAAACUCUCGACUAUGCACCCCAAGUUACCAGUUAUUCAAGCACUGGCUGCAGAAGUGAGGCAGACCACCCAGUCUCUUCUUUCUCAGCUUCUCCAGAAACUUCGUUCCAACAUUCAGUUACCAGAAUGCCUGCGGAUUAUCGGAUACUUGCGUCGAAUUGGAGUCUUCAGCGAGUAUGAAAUGCGUUUGCAGUUUCUGAGAUGCCGGGAGGCAUGGCUUUCUGGAAUUCUUGAGGAUCUUGACCAAAGAAAUGCUUAUGAGUACUUAAAGGGGAUGAUCAAUUGUCAUCGGAUGCAUCUCUUUGAUGUUGUCAAUCAAUAUCGCGCAAUAUUUGCUGAUGAUACAUCAGGAAGUGAAGAAAACUAUGAUGGUGGGCUUCUCUUCAGUUGGCCCAUGCAUCAGAUCACUUCACACCUUAAAACUCUUAAAGUCAUGCUCCCAAAGAUAAAUGAAGGAGGAUCUUUGUCAAAUAUAUUGGAUCAAUGCAUGUAUUGUACUAUGGGGCUUGGUUGGGUUGGACUCGAUUUUCGAGGGCUGCUUCCACCACUUUUUGAAGAGGCAGUGCUUAACUUAUUUUCAAAAAAUAUGAGUACAGCAGUCGAGAACUUUCAGUUGGUCUUGGAUUCACAUCGCUGGGUCCCACUACCGGCAGUUGGUUUUCCAGCAAAUAGUGUUGUUGAAGAAACUCAGGAGGAGGUGACUCCGCCUUCUUAUCUGAUGGAACACCCACCACUUGCUGUCUUUGUUAAUGGUGUAUCUGCAGCAAUGAAUGAGUUGCGCCCCUGUGCCCCAAUAAGUUUAAAGCAUGUACUGGCUCAAGAAUUAAUUAAGGGAUUGCAGACUGUUUCUGACUAUUUACUUAGAUACAAUACGACUAGGAUGCUAAGAGAGAAUGAGUCUGGACUUUUCCUCUCACUUUGUCGGGCAUUUAUUGAGGUCGCUUACCCUCAUUGUGCCACAUGCUUUGGUCGUUGUUACCCUGGUGGGGCUGCUCUUAUCAUGGAUGCAAAGAACUUAUAUGAUGGAGUUAGUCGUCUGCUGACAGUUUCUUCAUCAAGAGAGCUCAGAAAACCGGUCAGUAAUGAAGAGGGAAAAGGUAUAACAGAGAAUGGUGAAGUGCCUUCUGCGGAAAAUGGGUUCACCUCUGUUGAACAAACUGGGGAUGCCAAUGCUGACGAGAGAGAGCAGAAAAACUCUGCUUCACCGAGCGAUGAAAAGUCCAGUGAUGCGUGAGGCCCCCUCAUAACUCAUAAGCAAUUGAAACGGAAGGAUCAAAAUUUGAUUUUGUAGGUUAUAAUUCAUUUAUAUAUAUUUUUUUUAAAUGCAAAAUUUGAUGUUGCUAGUUGCGUGUGAUUCUUAUGCCUGACGAGGAGAUAAGAAAAUUUGCAACAAUCAAAUGUUAUAGGAACAAGCAGCAGCUUUUGCUGGGAGAAAAGAGAGAAACGAGAAGCAAUUUGGUUAUAAAUGUUUAUAACGCAUUUUUGGUGACAUAAUAGUGGUUACUUAUCCGAAA